AUCCGAAUCUACCAAUCUCCGUCUCCUCCGUCGCAGUUUUCGAGGCGCAGAGACACCAAACCAGAGACUGACUAAUCCACCGAUGGAACCCGCAUCCACGGCUAGUGGUGUCCCUCCGGCGACAUCAGUAACCACCGCCGAUGAUAAUCUCCAAUCGAGCGACUCAUCAUCAUCACCCGCCGACGCAGUUAACCGAUUGAUCCACGCCGUUACGCAGCGGCAACAACAUCUUCUCGACAAAACUGUGCCUCACGUUCUGUAUCGAUGGAUCGCAUGCCUCUGCGUCGUGUUGAUCUACUUCGUUCGUGUUUACUUCGUUGAAGGGUUCUAUAUCAUCACUUACGCCAUCGGAAUCUACCUUUUGAACCUCAUCAUUGCUUUCUUGUCUCCUCAAGAAGAUCCUGAGGCUUCUCUCACCACCGGUGGUACUCUUCCUACGAGGAGAUCCGAUGAGUAUCGACCGUUCGUCCGCCGUCUCCCUGAGUUCAAAUUCUGGUUAUCGAUUGUAAGGGCUUUCACCAUCGGUUUUAUGAUGACGUUCUUCGAGGUGUUUGAUGUACCUGUUUUCUGGCCAAUACUUCUUUUCUACUGGGUGAUGCUGUUUUUCCUCACGAUGAGAAAACAGAUACAACACAUGAUCAAAUACAGAUACGUCCCUUUCUCUUUUGGGAAAAAGCAGUAUGGAAAGAAACCGGCUCCAACAGAGAGCAGUGAAUGAUCUAUCAAAUUGUUCAGGUCAGCAAAUAUCAAAUCCUUUGAGAGAAGAAGUAGCGGUUUUAAAGGUCGGUCUUUUGUUUUCUUUUGAUCCGCCUAAGUCUUUGUUAGGGAUGGAGUUGAGAUAAAGACUCUCGUAGCCUGUCUCUUAGACAGAUUUUGCUCUUUUAUCAUCCUGACUAUUUUUACUGGUUUCACCUGAUGAACACAAUGUAUCUUAUUUGUUACAUCUUGGUUUAAAUGAGAAUAAUGUUUUGUACUUGA